AUGUACUACUCUGAUACCACUAAUCGGGUUUACCAGCUACUUUGCAAUACUGAUGAGCCAGAUGCAACUAUUAGAACGACAUAUCAGCCACAACUACAGUCCUGCGUCGAUGCCUGUAGUGACGUUGAAGGAUGCAUAGGUGUUUCAUAUACCGCAACCUCCAGCUCAUGCUCCUACAAAAGCAGUGCUUCCGAUCUUGUGAGCUCUGAAACUUCCGAUUCGGCCAUUGCGACAGACUAUAUCUGUCCUGGUGCCGAUGGUACUCGCCUAGUGGAUACGACUGGAUCAGUAUAUGAAAUCCUCUGCAAUACAGUUUUCCCUACAAGCAGCAACAUAUCCUCGAGCCUGGCAGUCAGCAACUUGGCAUCUUGUUCUGAGAUAUGUUCAGGUAUCGAUGACUGCUCGGGCUUUACAUUCCAAAAUGGAUCAUGUACGACAGUCAGUUCCAGGAACUCUAACGAUGGAGUUACUCGAAUGAAUGUGGAAACCGCCAUUCUGUUAGCGAAAAGAGUGGCACAAGUUGUGUCGAUGACAGGCCUUGGUUCGAGUCAACUAACAGCAAGUUCAGCAUGGGCGGGCAUAUCAACAGCCUCGAUUUAUAAUUUAAACUUGCUGCCAACGUCGUCUCUCACAUCGACUACGGGACUAGGCAGUAACUUGGGUCAGUCAUCCUCAACAGCAUUGGCGGCCUCAUCGCCAAUCACGACUAUGAACAUCAAUUUACUCCCAACGCCAUCUCUCUCAUCAGCUACAGGACUGGGCAUUAGCUUGGGUCAAAUGGCGAGUUCACCAACAUCAUCUCUCUCAUUGGCUGUGGCUGGCUUGGGCCAGUCAUUCUCAUCAGCAUCAUCUACAUCAUCUACUUCUUCACGAUCAUCAUCAGUAUCAACCACAACAACUACAAACCCCACUUCGACCUCUACAAGAGGUUCCACGACUCCGAACCUUGUUCAGAGUUUGACUGCCAUUGUGGGACGUCAAGUCACGCAUCCCAUAGACUCGCGGAAGAGACAUCAAGGAUUCACUACUCUUGUGCGAUAG